UCGCUUCCAACCCAAUUGCAAAUGCAAAAACAAAAAGGAGAGCGAAAAUUUAACUUCACUUUACAAUAUAAAAUACUCCAAUAAAACAUCAAAUAUAUAAUUACACACACGUACAUACGCUCACUUUGUUGGUUUGUUUGUUUGUUUAAUGGGAAAAUCGGUUCCCUCUUCACCCAGGCUCCAAGAAUUCGCCAGGCUGGUCUCCUCCAACAAGCUGCACCAUCCGGUACACGGCAAAUUCGCAUCGAGACCCCGAUUUGUGCCGUCGUCGGAACCGGCGAAUCCAAGAGAGGUCCGAGUCGAAUCGGAGAGGUUGAGGAGGGAGAAGAUGGAGGAGAACUCGGAGAUCGGGGAGCAGCGGAGACCAGUGCCGCUGUCGCACGUGGUUUCCGACUGCGUGAAGCGGUGGUUUCAGGAUACCAUCAAGGAGGCCAAGGCCGGCGACACCGCCAUGCAGGUCUUGGUGGGUCAGAUGUAUUGUAGUGGCUAUGGUGUCUCUAGAGAUGCCCAAAAGGGACGAGCUUGGAUUAAUAGAGCUUCAAGGAGUCGAUCUUCAGCAUGGAAAGUUAGUGAUAAACGUCCAGGUUACAAUGUCAGUGAUUCUGAUUCAGAUGAUAUGAAGGAUGAAGCCAAAUAGGACAAAAUUGAUUUCUUGAGAAUUUGACAAUGACAAAUGAAUCUUGAGCUCUUCUAGUGCACACUCAUAGACUUCUGUAGAAUUCGGGCUUAGAGAUUCUUUGUUGGGUUUUAUUUGUUUCUUUCUAUUUCAUCUUUUGUACUUAUCGUCCAAGUUGCUGCUGUAUUUAUACUCAUAUUUUUGGGUGAAUCAUCUUAAGCUUCUGUUUAGAAUGGGCUGAUUUCGUUUUGCUAAUGGAUGGGUACAUGAGGCAAUUGCUGCUUUAUUGAAUAGUACAGUAAUUGGAAAGUUCUUAA